AUGGCCGUUCCGACGGCCUUCAAACCGCCGCGUCUUCUCCCUCCGGCAUCCCUCUUCCCUGCCUUUAGCAAUUCUUCUCUCUCUUCAUCUUUUCCUCUCAUCCUUUCUUUCUCUUUGCCGCGAAAAAGGCCAUCUUUACCGGCGGUCAGUUCCCCAAAAUAUACCACCAUCAAAGCGGCACGUGCUACUGCAGCCAAUGAGUCUGAUCCCAAGCUCGGGGUUGCUCUUUACAAGCCUAAAACCUAUGAAGUUCUAGUCUCUGAUGCUGCCAAUUCUUUGUUUUAUGCUCUCAACGACGGCAAGACCCGCCUCGAAAUCGAGUUCCCUCCUUUGCCUAGCAGCAUUUCUUCUUACAAGGGAUCAUCAGAUGAGUUCAGUGAUGCCAACAUUCAGCUUUCUUUGGCUGUUGUAAAGAAACUGCAGGAGAAAAUGGAAACAAGAGCUUGCAUUGUUUUCUCGGACAAGCCGGAACAACGGAGGGCAACUGAACUUUUCAAAGCUGCUCUUGACAUGAUUGAAGGUAUAAGUGUAUCAUCUUUGGAUGAUAUUCCUGUUGGACCCGUUGACACAUUUUUCAGAUCCAUAAGGGACACCUUGGAUUUUGAUUUCGUUGAUGAGAAUGAAGGCCGUUGGAAGUCAGACAAGCCACCUUCACUUUACAUAUUUAUAAAUUGCAGCACGCGCGACCUCUCUGUGAUAGAGAAGUAUGUGGAAAAAUUUGCCAUAUCCACUCCGGCCCUUCUUUUCAAUCUUGAACUUGAUACUUUGAGGGGCGACCUGGGCCUUUUUGGUUUCCCGGCAAAAGAUUUACAUUACAGAUUUCUCUCUCAAUUUGUCCCAGUCUUCUACAUUCGCCCAAGGGAAUACUCAAAGACAGUUGCAGUGGCACCUUAUGUUGUCAACUACAGUGGAGCGCUAUUCCGUCAAUAUCCUGGUCCUUGGCAAGUGAUGUUGAAACAGGCAGAUGGCUCUUUUGCUUGUGUUGCAGAGAGUGCAACUCGUUUCACCCUUGGUGAAACAAAGGAAGAACUACUGAGGGUCCUUGGACUGCAAGAGGAAGAAGGCAGCUCACUUGAAUUUCUUCGAAGAGGCUACAAGAAUGCCACAUGGUGGGAAGAAGAUGUUGAUCUGGAACAAUCACCGGCCUGGCGGAGUUGA